ACCAGCCAGGCGGUGGCGGCGGGACAGCAGCAAGAAACAGCGCUUGCUUGCUCGCGUCGCUGCCUGCAGAGCGGGUCUCGCCGGGGACCUUGCAGCAGCAGCCCAGGCGGGGCGGAGGGGGUGUGACAGCCGCGAGCUCAGGCGUAGGAAGGCUGAGGGGCAGUAGCAGCUCCCGCGGAGUCCUGCCCUGCGAGUGCAACGGGGGGAAGCCAAGCAGGAUGCACGGUUAGGGGGUCCCCGCUCCCCGGAUCAGCUGUGCCUGCCUAGGCCCCUCUGACUGCACCUGGGGGCCGCUCUCCCUUUGCCCGGGUCAGCGGCUGGAGGCUGUUCCGCAGCACGUUGCACUCCCCGGCUGCUGCCUGGGGACUUACCAUGGAGAAGAAGGGCCAGGAUGAGCCGCUCCCUCACCCCUUGGAGCCGGAGCCGCAGCCUCAGCCCGGGGGGAGGGCGAUGGGGGAGAAGCGCUUCAAGCUGUGGUAUGUGGGUUGGUCCUGCCUGGACAGACGGACCACGCUGCCCAUGCUCCCCUGGCUGAUGGCCGAGAUCCGCAGGCGCAGCCAAAGGCAGGACCCUGGCGGACCCCUGGGUAGCUCGGUGCCCGCCCGGGAGGUGCUGCUGCUCCUGGGCUCCCCGAACCUCCGCUGCGUCCCCGCCACCUCCAGCGGCAGCCCGGGCAGCGCCAACCCGGCCGUCUUCAUCUUCGAGCACAAGGCGCAGCACAUCUCCCGCUUCAUCCACAACAGCCACGACCUCACCUACUUCGCCUACCUGAUCAAGGCGCAGCCCGACAACCCCGAGUCGCAGGUGGCCUGCCACGUGUUCCGGGCCACUGACCCCAACCAGGUUCCUGAUGUGAUCAGCAGCAUAAGGCAAGUGUCCAAAGCAGCCCUGAAAGAGGAUGCCAAGCCUGGUAAGGAUAGUGAAGAUGCCUUCUACAAUUCCCAAAAAUUUGAGGUUUUGUACUGUGGAAAGGUGACUGUGGCCCAUAAGAAAGCCCCCUCCACUCUAAUUGAUGAGUGCAUUGAGAAAUUCAGUCUACACGAGCGCCAGCGCCUGAAACUGUUGAGUGAGCAGCGGAGCACAGAUUCCAGCUCCGACUUAACCUUGUAUGAAGGAGACGUGCCAGCUUCUCUGUCAGAUAGUCCAUUUGAGGAGCUAGAUGGCACGAGCACCACCAUCGGGAACACUGGGAUCCUUACAAUUGGAGGCCAGACCAACCUGGCUGGCACCCGUGUCUCCUUCCCCGAGCGAAUUUUGGAGGAUUCUGGCUUUGAGCAUCAGGAAUUCCGCUCCCGGUGCAGCAGCGUCACUGCAAUUAUGCAAAGGAGGGUUCAUGAUACCAGCCUGAAAACACAGCCACGCAGGAGACAUGCAAGUGCACCCAGUCAUGUUCAACCCUCAGACUCUGAGAAGAACCGAACAAUGUUAUUUCAGGUUGGACGAUUUGAAAUUAACCUCAUCAGCCCAGACACCAAAUCUGUUGUGCUUGAAAAGAAUUUUAAAGAUAUCUCCUCAUGUUCUCAGGGUAUACAACAUGUUGAUCACUUUGGUUUUAUUUGUCGGGAAUCUAUUGAACCUGGGAUAAACCAGUAUGUUUGCUACGUGUUCCAGUGUGCAAGUGAAUCUUUGGUUGAUGAGGUAAUGCUUACCCUGAAACAAGCCUUUAGCACUGCUGCAGCUCUACAGAAUGCCAAGACUCAGAUUAAACUGUGUGAGGCCUGUCCUAUGCACUCAUUGCAUAAACUCUGUGAAAGAAUUGAAGGUCUUUACCCACCAAGAGCCAAACUUGUAAUUCAGAGACACUUGUCAUCACUUACUGAUAAUGAGCAAGCCUACAUUUUUGAACGUGUUCAGAAAAUGAAGCCUGUCAGUGACCAGGAAGAAAAUGAGCUUGUGAUCUUACAUCUGCGACAGUUGUGUGAAACGAAACAAAAGACGCAUGUCCAUAUUGGCGAGGCACCAUUGAACAUUUCAAACAGUGCAAUCCCAGAAAACACUGCCAGUGGUGGCCGGUUUAAACUCGACAUUCUGAAAAACAAGGCCAAGAAAUCCUUGACUAGUUCUCUGGAAAAUAUCUUCUCAAGGGGAGCUAGCAGAAUGCGAGGCCGUCUGGGCAGCAUGGACAGCUUUGAACGGUGCAGCAGCCUUACUUCUGACAAGGACUGUUCACCCGGGGAGUCUCCUCCGGCCACUCCUCCAGCUUCCCCCGUGUCCUCGGUCUGGCAGCCAUUUCCCGAAGAGGACUCCGAUUCUCCUCAGUUUAGAAGGCGUGCACAUACUUUCAGCCAUCCAACGUCCAGUGCCAAGAGGAGGAUUACUUUCCAGGACGGGAGGUCCCAGAGUGUUAAGUCUCCACUUCUGAGACAGAAUUCUAUAGAGCAGAGCAGUCCUGUGCCUUUAGCUCGACGACGAUAUGGUAGUGAGAGUGGACUUCCCUCUUCCUUCUCUGCCCCCUCUUUCCUGAAAAGCUUUUACCAGAGCUCAGGCAGGCCGCUCCAGCAGUCAGAAAAUGACCUUUCCAAGAGUGAUGGGGAGGGAAGGAAAAGGACCUCGUCUGUCUGCAGCAAUGAGUCUCUAAAUGCCAGUGGGGUCACUCUUACCCCCCGCCGCAUCUCCUGGCGGCAGCGAAUCUUCCUGCGGGUUGCUUCACCCAUGAACAAAUCUCCCUCAACAAUGCAGCAUCAAGAUGGGCUUGAGGGGAAUGAAUUGUUGCCACUGUCCCCUCUUGCUCCAGCCUUGGAGGAGGACCCUCUUUCUUUGAUAUUGCAAAAUGAGGAUGCCCCAGAUAAGGCUGGCGGGAGAAAAAAAUCGGAAGAGUUGCAGAGUCUGUGGAGAAAAGCUAUCCAUCAACAAAUCCUACUGCUUCGAAUGGAAAAAGAAAACCAGAAGCUGGAAGCAAGCAGAGAUGAACUCCAAUCAAGAAAAGCUAAAUUGGACUACCUUGAAGUUGGUACAUGUCAGAAAGAUGUCAUAAAUAUCUGGGAUAAGAAGUUAUUAAACUGCAGAGCCAAAAUCAGAUGUGACAUGGAGGAUAUUCAUACCACUCUGAAAGAAGGUGUACCAAAAAGCCGCCGGGGAGAAAUUUGGCAAUUUCUAGCUGUACAACAUCGCGUAAGACAUAGACUGCCAAGCAAACAACAACCUCCUAACAUCUCAUACAAAGAACUCUUGAAACAGCUGACAGCUCAGCAACAUGCUAUCCUUGUAGAUCUAGGCAGGACAUUCCCUACACAUCCUUACUUCUCUACACAGCUGGGAGCAGGGCAGCUGUCACUUUUUAAUCUCCUGAAAGCUUAUUCUUUGCUGGACAAGGAAGUGGGUUAUUGCCAGGGUAUCAGUUUUGUGGCUGGAGUACUGCUUCUACACAUGAGUGAGGAGCAAGCCUUUGAAAUGCUGAAAUUCCUCAUGUAUGAUCUUGGCUUCCGUAAACAGUACAGGCCAGACAUGCUGUCACUACAGAUUCAGAUGUAUCAACUUUCAAGACUCCUCCAUGAUUAUCACAGAGACCUCUAUAAUCAUCUUGAAGAGAAUGAAAUCAGCCCCAGUCUUUAUGCUGCACCCUGGUUUCUCACGUUGUUUGCUUCUCAGUUUCCAUUAGGAUUUGUAGCCAGAGUUUUUGACAUUAUCUUUCUUCAAGGAACUGAAGUCAUAUUUAAGGUAGCUCUGAGUCUACUUAGCAGCCAAGAAGCACUUGUAAUGGAAUGUGAGAGCUUUGAGAAUAUUGUUGAUUUCCUUAAAGGCACUAUCCCAGACAUGACUAAGCUUCAAAUGGAAAAGAUUAUUACCCAGGUUUUUGAGAUGGAUAUUUCCAAACAGCUUCAUGCCUAUGAAGUAGAAUACCAUGUACUACAGGAUGAGCUGCAGGAAGGUUUGAAUCCCUGUGAUGAUGGUGAACCUUUGGAUAAAUUGGAGAGGGCCAACAGUCAGCUAAAGAGGCAAAAUAUGGACUUGUUGGAGAAGCUACAGAUAGCUCAUGCUAAAAUUCAGAGUCUGGAAUCCAACCUGGAAAACAUAUUGUCUCGAGAGAACAAAAUGCGGAGCUUAAUCCAGUCGCUGGAACAAGAGAAGAUGGCAUAUCAAAAGACUGUUGAGCAAAUAAGAAAAUACCUGCCAGCAGAAGCACUGUCCGACUGUGAACUGCUGCUGAAGGAAGUAAAUGCCAACCCAAACAAUAGAACAAUGCAAGGAAAUAAGCCAUAAGUAAGAAUUGCAGGUGGUAUAAUUUCAGAUAUGAAGGGAAAGCAAAGAUAUGUAUGCUGCUAUAAAAGAACUCAGAAGGCAGCAGGUAGUGGUUUGCCUAAAACCGGUGCUGGGACACUCAUAGCAGCAGAUGGGCCUUGUCACUCUCAUUAUGCAAAUCCCAGGUUAUCAAAAUAGAUUUUUUUUUAAUAGUUGUGUACAUAUAUCACAAUGGGAAAUAAAGAACUGUUGCAUUUAAUUGUGACAAGUAGAUGUAUAUUUAGAGUUGAUUUAAAGGAAAAGGUCAGAACUUCAUUAAUAAAAGCCAAAGUGGUGGUAAAUUAAAAUUUCAUUCUAGAUGCAUAUCUUUUGUCUUGUAGCAAAAUGAGGAUAAUGUGUCUUUUAUAUAUAAAUUGUAUAAUACUUGAAAAAGAUGAAUGUAUUUUUUUCCUCCAAAGAACAGCAUGUUUCACAUGUUUUGUGGAAUUCUGUGUAAACUCGUGUGUCUGUGUCUGUCAUUAAUUCUACUGACGUGUGUGUAUAUAACAAUAACUAAGGCUGACUGUCACCAUGUGGCUCUUAGAGGGAGAAUUAUAAUGCCAUAUGCUGCCUGGAAUGUGCCAGUCAGGGUGUUACUCCCGCAUACCCGUUGAAAUUGACAGGCAUUAUGUCACAGUUAUGCCUAAAGAACUCAAAAGACUGAAAACCCAGGAAAAAGCAAGACUCAGAAAAGUGGUUGUUACCUCACUUCCUGCCUCUCCCACCCCAGGAGUUUGACAGUAGAAGCUGAAGGAAGGAAAUAGGGCUGCAGAGUGGUCUGCACUCUGAGCUUAAUUUCCCACAGGUGACAUGUUGUGGUAAUGUAUUUAAAACUGGACACGGUUUUCAAAUUGCAAGAGAAACCUUGUAAGACCUUCUGUUGUCACGCAGUUCACUGAUUCCCCCAACAGUUAUAUAGCUAAUUUUUGGGGGGUGGGAGGUGUAAUGGGGCACUGGAUAAAGUGGGGAGCUAGGAUUUCUAAACGUUCUGAAUCCCCAAAUACAUCGUGAUAAAGACAUACAUCAGAUAAUUUUCAGGCUUGUGCUGUGAAACUGUAUAGGAAGAGGAUUAGCUAGCCAGACUUUAAAUGUUAUGUACCUUUCAAUUUAAAGCAUCCGUUUGAAACACACAUUUGAAAGGAGGUAUUAUAAAUGCAGCUUAAUGCUUUUGGGCUAUUCCUGUAUUCUGUUACCACCACUUCUUUGUAAACUUAUUUUAAUUAUCCUGUCAUGAGUGAAUCUGUCCUAGACAGAGGAUGGUAAGUCCAGGUCAUUUCUUAGAGUGUAUGUAUGUCAACCAAAGGACAAUAAGUAAGAUGCCUACAGAUUUGAAAAAGCCAGUUGUGAUUAGUGUAAAUCUGCAAGAAGGUUUAUUUGUAUGUAGUAGACAUGUAUUUUGGAAUUCAUGUCAGAGUUGUUACUUGAAUGUUAAAAUGGAUCAUGUUAUCUUACCAUUUAUGCUAUAUUCCAGGCAGGUUUUUUUGUUUUGUUUUUUAAGAAUAAAAAUCAAGCAAAGUGCCAAAUUCAGCAAAAUGUCAUUUAUGCAUAAGAUUGAUUGGAAAGCAAAUGUUGAAUGUAACUGCUUUCUAUGUCACAAUGCUUUAUGUUAAUUUCAAGGAAAAAAAGAGCAACAGAAUCACUGCUUUGCUGCUCAUUGCUGCAGGGUUUAGUUUUAUUUCCACGGUGGUUUUCUUAUUUGGUAGUACUCAUUCAAUCACUGUAUUUAUCUUUCUUAUUACAGUCGGGUGCAAGCUCUUACACUGUGGAUAAAAUUACAUGGAAUCUGACUUGGUAUUUCAAUAAUGUUUCAUUGCACGAGAUGGAAAAAUGCCAAGUGAAGAGGCAAUUCUUUGCAGUUUGUUCAAAGUAAAUUUUAGCUAAUAUGUAUAUACGGAACUAAUCCCAGGGAACUGCAGUACAGUGUAUUACAAGAUCAAGGGUAUUCAGAUACAUACUACUACUACUUUUUUUUUUUUUUUUUAGAUGCACUGAAUGUGCUUUAUCCUCUGUUUCACUUAUAUCAAUUUUUUUCAUGUGAUGCCUGGAGAAUUUCCAAUAAAUUUA